AGCGAUUUCAGUCUUGUACGAACCGUUAACGGGUACAUAUCGGUGCAAUCAAAAAUAAAGCGUUGGAGUAUAUACAUCAUCAGUACUUGGAACGGAUACGGAAAUUCACGCACGCAAUAAUCGUUAUAACAAGCCUAUAUACCUAGUACCAUAUAACCGACGCUUGUCCGUUAUAUAAUUGUACAAAAAAAUAUAUACAAAGUUUUUAAAACCAAGUUCAAAACCACACCACAACAACAACAACAAAAUGUCUGCAGCCACAGAACAACAGAAUAACGGAGAUGUUGCCGUCGAGAAGGUCGCAGUCGAUGAUGUGAAGGAGGAUCUCAAAGCCAAAGCCAAAGCAGCUGUUGCCGAUGACAAAUCCGCGGCUGCCGAUGCUGCAGGUGAUGCGGCUGACAAUGGUACUGCCAAGGAUGGUGAAGAUGCUGCCGAUGGUGCCGAUGCCGCUGCAGCGCCCGCCAAGGGAUCAGUCAAAGCCACAAAGAGGCAAGCUGAAGCUAAAUCCGCCGAAUCAAAGAAAGCCAAGAAAGAUAAACCCGCUGAUGGAGACUCCGAUGAGGAGGAGGCAUUAGAGGAAAUCAUUGAGGGUGACAGUGAAAUCGAAAGCGACGAAUAUGAUGUACCCUACGAUGGUGAGGAGGAUGAUAUUGAAUGUGACGAUGACGACGAUGAGAAUGAUGACGGAUCCGGCUCGGACGAUCAAGCGUAAUAAUAAUGUAGUCAAAACAAAACAAACAA